AUGCCAGGGACACUCCUGCCCCCGAGAUCCCACCGGCAACACGCAGAGAUGGACCGAACGUCGGGCUCAGGGCCAGAUCUUUAUCUGAUUGCCGACCAGGACACCGUUUAUGAGCAGGAUCUUCUUCGCGAUGCCGGCAGCAUCAAACCUUGGCUUGCUUAUAUUGAGUAUAAGCAGCAGAAUGGGACACUUUACGAGCGGGCUUUCAUCAUGGAGCGUGCUUGUAAGCAGCUUCCCAGAUCCUACAAACUUUGGAAAAUGUAUUUGGAAUUUCGAAUGAACCAUCUCCGGGGCCGCAAUGCGACAAAAUACCGAGCUGAAUACCAGAAGGUGAACGCGUUGUUCGAACGAGCCCUUAUCCUUCUCAACAAGAUGCCCAAGAUCUGGGAGAUGUAUCUCUCUUUUCUGCUUCAGCAGCCCUUAGUGACGCAGACUCGACGAACAUUCGACCGUGCACUCCGUGCUCUGCCUAUCACACAGCAUAACCGGAUCUGGAAAUUAUAUAAGGCUUUUGCGCGCUCAGCAUCUGGGCAAACGGCCGUGAAGAUUUGGGCUCGAUAUAUGCAGAUACACCCGGAGAAUGCUGAAGAAUAUAUCGAACUGCUCGUCGACUUGGGCCAGUACACAGAGGCUGUGAAGCGCUACAUGGAGAUACUUGACAACCCACGAUUUCAGUCGAAGCAAGGGAAGAGCAACUUUCAGCUGUGGACCGAGAUGGUUGACCUGCUCGUUUCUCAGGCAAAACAUAUUGAGACUGGUCCGCAAGUGGGCAUCAAUGUCGACGCCAUCCUACGGAGUGGAAUUGAUCGGUUUGCGGAUCAGAGAGGAAAGCUUUGGGCUGGUCUGGCGACCUAUUGGAUCAUGAAAGGCAACUUCGAGAAGGCACGCGAUGUUUUUGAAGAGGGUAUCACUACCGUUAUGACCGUUCGCGACUUUACUCUGAUCUUUGACUCAUAUGUCGAAUUCGAAGAGUCGAUCAUCGGAAGCUUAAUGGAAGCGGCAGCCACUCGGUCUGACAAAGGAAAUGCCGACGAAGAUGCAGAUUUCGACCUCGACCUGCGUAUGCUGAGAUUCGAACAGCUUAUGGAUCGUCGACCAUUCCUUGUCAAUGACGUCCUGCUCCGGCAAAAUCCCAACAAUGUCAUUGAAUGGGAGAAGAGGGUGGCUCUAUGGGGCGAUAACAAAGAGGAAAUCGUCAACACAUACACGGCCGCCAUUGCUGCUAUCAAUCCGAAGAAGGCUCACGGAAAGUUCUCUGAACUCUGGGUCAAUUACGCCAAGUUUUAUGAGAGCGGUGGGGAUCUGGAUUCCGCUAGAGUUAUCUUUGAUAAGGCUGUCAAGGUUCCCUUCAAAUCAGUUGCUGAAUUAGCAGAGACCUGGUGCGAAUGGGCCGAGAUGGAGCUGCGGAGCGAGAACUUUGACAAGGCCGUUGGCAUCAUGGCCAAGGCUACACAGACGCCCAAGAAAUCCACCGUGGACUACUUCGACGAGACCCUGUCUCCUCAGCAACGCGUUCACAAGAGUUGGAAACUUUGGAGUUUCUAUGUUGAUCUCGUUGAGAGUGUUGCGACUCUGGAAGAGACGAGGAAGGUAUACGAGAGAAUCUUUGAACUGCGCAUCGCAACCCCUCAAACUGUGGUCAACUAUGCCAAUCUGCUGGAAGAACACAAAUACUAUGAAGAUUCCUUCAAGGUGUAUGAACGAGGCUUGGAUCUCUUCAGCUAUCCAGUUGCUUUCGAGCUUUGGAAUCUAUACCUCACCAAAGCAGUGGACCGGAAGAUUGGCAUCGAGAGACUGCGGGAUCUUUUCGAACAGGCUCUCGAUGGAUGUCCUCCCAAGUUUGCAAAGCCCCUGUACCUGAUGUACGGCAACCUCGAAGAAGAGCGCGGUCUUGCCCGACAUGCGAUGAGGAUUUACGAGCGUGCUACUCGCGCGGUCUCGGACGAGGACAGAUUUGAGAUGUUCGAGUUCUACAUCACCAAGUCUGCCUCCAACUUCGGACUGACAUCCACACGGCCGAUCUACGAACGAGCGAUCGCGGCUCUGCCGGACCAGGAAGCCAAGGAAAUGUGCCUCAAGUUCGCGGAAAUGGAACGAAGACUGGGCGAAAUCGACCGCGCACGCGCAAUCUACGGCCACGCUUCCCAGUUCUGCGAUCCCCGCACCAACGCGCCCUUCUGGCAGAAGUGGGAGGCAUUCGAGGUCCAGCAUGGAAACGAGGACACCUUCAAGGAGAUGCUCCGCAUCAAGAGAAGCGUCCAAGCACAGUACAACACCGACGUCAACUUCAUUGCCUCCCAGGCAAUCGCCCGCAGCCAGCAGCGCGCCCAGGAAGGCGGCAAAGAACAGGGAGACGAGGAAACAGACAUGGACGGCGCCAAGGAGCGCGCCGAUGCCAUGGCAGCCUUGGAACGCCAGGCUCGCGCCCCGGUCGGCUUCGUUGCCGCCAGCACAGGGCCUGAGGGCGGUAACCGCCCGCCCCCAGCAGGCCAAGAAGCGCCGCCGGCCGCUGCCCCCGUCAACCCGGACGCAAUUGACCUUGAUGAUGAUAUGGAUGCCGAAUAG